CUCAGAGAAAUUAAGAAUCUACCACUCUCCUGUCCCCAUCCAUCCUCAUUCGCAAGCGCCGCCCGCCCGCAUCUCUCCAUCUCUCCCGUCCGUCUCCCUCCCAGUCGAGCGGCGAGCGCUGGCCCUCCCCGCCCAGGCGUUCACGGCGCCAGCCGUCCACGUCCAGACGUAGCGGAGGAGGAGCGCGCGGCCGCCCCUCCCAGCCAGCGCGAGGCGGCGGAGGUGCGCCGGCCGACCCCGCCAGCGGCAGCUCCUCCUCACCUGCGGCCGCCCAAGCUCCCGUCCGCCCCCACCCCUGCCCUUCGAGGCGCCCCUGUUCCCGCCCGUACGCCGAGGGGUCAUCCACGUGUGCAAAUCUGAUACUUGAAUCUACGUCACCAAACAGCACCAUCUUAAUUUUAUCUAGAAUCCAGAUUUUUAAAAUCUGUACAAAAUCCUAGAUUCUUAGAAUCCAAAAUGGGCCUUAAUCACCCAGGUUUUCUUUUCGGCCCCGCAAACGACCAAACCUACCAAAUCUGCCCCUUCCCCUGUUCCCCAAGUCCGGCGAGAACAACUCGCGCUUCUCCCGCCGGCGAAUCGACGCCUCCGACGACUUCGUUCCAUCUCCUCCUCCCCUCAAGCAGCGUAGCGAGCCACCACGGCUCUCCCACUUCCUUCCUCUAUCCGCGGCCCUUUACUCUUGUCCGUCCCCAGCAACUGUCUAGGCUGGCCUAACUGGCGAUCUCUCCGGCGACCUCUCCUGGAUUGCCUUCUUUUGCCGGUAACGAAGCCUGUCUUGCUUAGAUGGGUCGCUGUGUUUAGUGAAAUUUCUGUUCCCCGGAUCUUUUCUUUGCUGCGUGCAAUCAAAUCCAAGGAUUUCCUGUUUGGCACGGAUAUUCCGGGCCAUCCAGAUCCAGUUUGCUGCUGUGAUGCGGCUUGCCUGAGCGAGCUAGAGAUGCAUUCUGAAUUUGUGUCUAGGUUACUGUUCUGCGGCCGUUUAUUGUGUAUGUUGACUUAACUGGAGUACGUAAACACAGACCAUGUUUUUCGUUGGGAACAUUAUUUCAAUGCUUAUAAGCAUGAUUUUGUUAUUUCAGGAGCUUAUCCAACAACAUGACUGCGUGAGAUUUGUCCUUUAUUCAUUAAUUACACGAUUAUAUGUAGGGAAAAGCCUCGUAUAUGGCUGGCCGCAUGAAAAUUCAUGUGCAAGCUUGUUAUGUCAAGCAAAACUGAGAAUUGAGAUAUACUUUGUUGUAUUCUACUGUAAAAAAGAAAAAAGAUGUACUUCGGCCAUUACUGAUUGAUGAUAUCUGCAUGUUUGGUUCACAUUGUAUCCAGAUCCAGUUUGGUAUGUUGUCUGAAACUGUUCAUUGUUGUAUGUGAAAACAUUGCGUAGCCAGUUAUGCACUUUUUCUGCUAUCCUGGGAGCUAUGAUAAUUCUUCAUGGAGCAUAUACCUGACUCUGUUAUCAUUUCUGCUAGUGCUAAUAACCUUGAAUACAUAAAUGGAAGGGCGCCCCUCAAAAGAAAUAUCAUCUGCCGAAGCUGUCCUGGUGGGAGCAUUGUCGUCUGGUGUUAAUGCUCCCACGUGGUUUGUGCUGAAGAUCACAUUUUUGCUCCUGGCCUUCUGUUUUACUGCAAUGCUUGCUCUAGCAUUUUCGUCGAAAAACUUUGUGAUUGUUGGGCAUGUUUUUCUGCUCGUAACUAUUGGCACGGUGCUAUUUGUGCUGCUUAAUAGGUUUCUGGCAGAAGUUGGGCUUGUGCCUGUUGAACAACAGAUGCAGGAGAUGGGCAUCCACAAAACAGAAGGCACAGAUAAAGGGAAAAGAAAGUAACUGGUGACAGACUAUUGUUGAUAUGAGAAACAGCUUAACACCUUACAUUACAUCAUUUGACAGAGUGCCAUUUGCCAUUUAGCUCCGAUGAUAGCUUUCAGUUCAGAGUUCAAACAAUACAAUUUUGCAGCUCUUUGGACAUACUUUUAGAUGGAACCCUCUUCCUAUCCUGAAGUGAAAUGGAUCUUGGAUGUAGCAGCGCACAUCAAGCCUGCUUUUGCUCUUCCUUCGGUUUGCUCUUCUUCUUCAUCUUGAUGUAGCAGAAGCAUGAGCAGCAGGGGAACUGAAACAAGAACUUCAUUGUCAGAGAAAUCAGCGAUACUUUGUUUGGAGAAAUGUUUUGUGGAAGGGAUUUGCAUGCAAUGCAACCCUUAAAUAUACUAAAUGUGAUGCCUUGCUUAUCCAUGUGACAUUAGAAUUUGUGGCCAACUGUCUUCGGCCUGAAGCUUUUAACCUGCUCAGAUACUUUCUUUUGUUUGUGAUCUUUAUGUAAUCUCAUCAUGCUUGACUAUUAGUUAGAGGAGGAGAUUUUCACUGCAAGUAAUUAUCAUUCCUUUGGCUGAUUCUUGUAUUAAAUGAGAUAUCUAAAUCCCUAAACCUGAUUCAGAAGUCUGGAGGGCAUUUAAUUAUUGGAAGCUUGUUUGAAAA